CACACGGGGCCCGCAUACACGUGAGCUUGCAGCAGGUCAUGCAAGGAUGGCUUCUUCAGUUAGAGUGUAUGAUACAUAUUCCGUGUUUGUCGGCAAAAUCCAUCCAGACACAAAAAGGGUUCAUUUGAAGGACCUGUUCCAACCAUGUGGAGAGGUUGUAGACAUUGCAAUUAUUCACAGACCAGAAAAUGAAUACGCUUUUGGGUUUGUGCGAUUCUCUGACCCCUCUGCAGUUUACAGGGCAGUGAGUGAGCUGAACAGAUGGGAGCUUAAUGGAACAAAUCUGGUUGUUGAAGUAUCCAAAGACACCAAGGAAAAACUUGCAAAUGGCAAUUCCAGCCAAGUACCAACUCGCAAACGUGAAACCAACAGGAAGACAUUGAGUUCUAGCAGCGACCAUAUCAAUGACACCAUGAACUUUUGUCGCCUUCAGGAGGCUGUCACAGCCUUGAACCUUGAACAUCCAAAUGGUGCUAAUUUACCGUUGGACAAAUUAGUCGAUUCCAUGAAGAAGAUGUCUGGAGACCGGAAUCCUUCACUGUUGGGAAGCUUAAGCAAACCAGUGUCCACAUUCGAAGAUGUUUCCAAAUCUCUUAGGCAAAAAUCUGUCCAGAUGGGUUUUAGGGAAGAAUUCGGGAACUCACUGAGUGCCGAAUAUCUGACUGCACUCGGUUCACUUCUGACACGUAUAUCCAAGUAUACAGAUGUGGAAAACUUGUUGAAAGGGGAUGACAUGUCUGCUGCAGGUGGUGAAAAAACCUUGUUCAAAGAGGAUAAAAUCUCAGAAACAGGUUGUGAAUAUGUUUUAGAAGAAGAUAACCUGUCAGAUACAGGUUGUGAACACUCGUUAAAAGAAGAUAAUCAAUCACAGCUGUCUUUACUUGAGAAUGAAGAAUCAGAGCAACCAAAAAUGUCUUCUAACAGGAACCUUAUGUCAUCCAUGUUGGAUGAACCUUAUGCUUAUAAGAGCGCUACUAGUAACUAUGACAACAAAAGUCAGUAUCAUCUCAAGGACAUGAUUUCUGAUUCAGGGAUGUCUUUUGUUAAAAGUCAGAGUGUCAAAUAUUUUAGCAAAGCUCUUGCUGAUAGAGGAGAAGAGUUAAAUCAAGAGGUUUUGCUGAAAAGAAUUACUGAAUCACUGCCUAGCAGUGAAAUUCAAAACGAAGAACCACCUGAAAGUGAUCGACAACUUAUUAAUUCUGUUUCAGAAGUUGUUAGUUGCCUGUCUUCUCAAGGUGUCAAUUAUUUAAAUGAAGAAAAACAGUGUGUAAAUAAGUUUUCAUCACAAGACACUUUGAGUAAGCCACGAAACUGCUUGUCAUUGAAUGGAAAACUUAAUGAUGGAUACAAAUCUUGUAGUGGCGUGACUAGCAUUCCUGUUCCAAACGUUGGGACCAGUAACUCCGAUGAUCUUAUUUCCGAUGAUCCUGCCAUAUUGGAUUUCCAUGUGUCACCUCGAAGUAUGCUAGCAGUCCCAGACUCAAUUCAGAAAAGACAACAAAAAGAAAGUUUUGGUGCUCAUGUUGAAUAUGAUGCAGUAAAGACAGAACAUAUAGGUAUUGAGAAGGUGAAAUCUCAAAUGCAAAAUAUCACAUAUAGCUCAUCAAACUCUGGCUCAAAAUUACAAAGAUCAGAUUCAACAGACUCACAAUUUCAUAGAUCCAAUUCAUCAGACUCACAAUUUCAAAGAUCUGAUUCAUCAGACUCACAAUUUCAAAGAUCUGAUUCAUCAGACUCACAAUUUCAAAGAUCUGAUUCAUCAGACUCGCAAUUUCAUAGAUCUUAUUCAUCACACUCGCAAUUUCAUAGUUCUUAUUCAUCAAGAUCUGAUGAUUCAACUAAAGGAAAUCAUUUUGCUGAUUCUGGAAUAGAGUCUGACUCCUUCAGCCCAACUAGCCACGUUUCAGUGAAACACUCAUACCCGUCAGACUGUGUUAUGGCCUCACACAAUUUCAGCCAAUCCCGUGUCUCAGGAAGACAGGCUGGCAAUCGACGAAAGUUCCUGCCUGAUAAUCAUCCUCAGAGGCCACAUGAAUUCAAUCAGCAACUCUACAUAGAAAAGAAUAAAGGCAGAGGUAGAAGUACUGUCUCAGUGCAGUCUUCAGAUCGAGGUCUUCAGAUUGUGGGUCGAGGGAUGCAAAUUAGCAGUAGUCCAGCCUAUGCAAGUUGUCAGUUUAGUGCAAAAGUGGCAAAUACCGUACAAAGUGCCAAUAAAGCAAUCAUUCCAUUUGGGGAAUCCGGGCGCGAAAACAAGGCAAUGGGAGUUGGUCGCGGUUUCAAAAAUCUUGUACUUUGUAAGGAUGAUAGCAAGAAUACCAGAUUCACCAAGGGAUGUGACCUUACAGUGCUUGGUGUGUGCCAGAAACUGCCAGGGCUCGUAAAUGGCGAAGAUUCAUGUCACAGUCCUGUUCCAUUAGUGCCGGCCAUGUGUACUCAUAGGCUGGACUGUGAUGGAAAUGAAAGUAGCCUAACAUCCUCAUUGGUUAACUCUCAUCUCAGCCUUGGAGUAAGAGGGGUUGGUCGUGGUUUCUCCAAUAAACUGUGAUUUUCUAUCUGACAUUUACAUCCUUCGCUACAGAUUCAGAAAAUCCUCAUGAAAAAUUUAACAUAUUUCUACUUAGGAGUGUGAAUUUUUGCAUGUUUACUUUUGUUUCUAUUUUCUAGUCAAUUGUUACAGACAAUAAUGCUUUCUUGCAUUUUAAUUUCAUAAGUUUGUUUAUUCAUUUGAGUGAGGCAAGACUUGCUAACUUGCUUUCACAGUAAAAAUUGUUGACCAAAUAUUUUUUAGGUUAACAUGCACACAUGUAAUUUUAUCACAUUGAAUACUUUGGAAUUACUUGUAUUUCAGGGUUACAAAGUACACAUAAUUUCAUUUGGGAUAUAUUCCAAGUGUUUUAGCUGCGGGGGGGAUUUGAUGUAAUACCAUAUCCGGUAAAACAACAGUGGAAUGUCCCAUUAUGACCGCUUGUUUUAUUUCAAUAAAUGCAUGCACUUGUCAGUACUGGAAUAGGCUAUUAAUUGGCAGGGGAUCUAAAGCCACGUUCUAAAUAGACCGUAUUAUUAGUGCUCACAAUUGUAAUGUAUGCUACUUUGUAGUGUGAAGGUUAUCAGAUUCAUUCGCUAAUACAAACCUUACAGUAUUGAGUUCUGUAUGCAUACAGUUUUUUUGUGAAUAGAUAGAUAUCCAAUGUAGUAACAAUUUUUAUUUAAAAAAAUAUUCUUACAAAUCAUGACAAUAAAUGUGUUUAAGAAUCUCACAAACACAAACCUAUGCCUUUUACAGAUGUGACAUUGGUAAAUAUUAAGGGUACUCAUAAAUUCGCACAAUAGCUGGAGCCUGAAAAUGUUACCUUCAAAAUUAGUGAUUCCACAGUAAUUUAACGAAAUUUUAUUUAAAUUUAUAAAAAUUAAAUGCAAUUAAAUAAGACUUGUUGUACAGAUAGAUAUUUAAAGCGUUCAGUAUCACAUUGUGUAGAAAUGUAAUAAACAAAUGUAUGCAUAUGUCCCUAAAAUCUUUAAAUAUUAUUUAGUGUUAAGGGCUAGUGGAAGCCGUUUUAUCAUUUAAUUACACUUUAAAUCAAAAUCUUUAUAUGUUUCUUAUCCUAUCUUAUUGUGUAGUAAGGUAAAUAACAAAUUGAUGAACAAGGCAUUCCAGUCUUGAAAACUAUCAUACUUAUAGACAUAGAGAUGUUUAAUUCAAAUAAUCUUUAUUUCAAAGCCCUUUUCUCUGUCCUAGCAAAUUCCAAAUACCAAGAUUGGACAAUCUUUUAACAAAUCACAUUCACCACACAUUUCAAAUACAAGCCAUUAAUAUAGCUUAAACAGUUAUUUUCUGUUUAGUGCUGAAGUAAGCCAGCCUGAGGGUAUGAUUUGAUUGACCUAAAAUGUGCAAUUUCUUAUGUGUUCAAACAUGUAUACAUUGAUGUUUCUGCCCGAACUUUAUUGAACGCUGUAUUUUGUGAAUUGGAAUAAGACAUCAAACUGAGAAUAGGCAUUAUUUUGGUGAUUUCCUCGAACUAAACUGUUGAUUUCAUGUGUGGUUAUGUAUUUUAUUAUCAUAACCUCUUUUCCAUGACUUUCAUUAAUAAUAAUGGUAUGUUUUAUCGUUCGGACUAUAUUUUGUGCAUGCAUGAGCACUUUGUCAUUGUUUUUUACAAUAUUAAAAAAAAAUCCAAUAUAACAAACAGUUUUGAAGCAAAAUAAAUUUCUAUGAUGCAAUUUGUAUAUGCAAGUGUCUACUUUACCUUUAAUUUGUCAAAAUUAAGACAUACAAGAGAUAAAACUACAUAUGAUACAUUUUUUAACAAAUAUUUAUUCCAAGAUUGAUGUCUUAUUCCAACCUCAUGUAAUAUUUUUUUCUGUUUUAGCUGGUUCUCUAGUCUGGUUCAUAGCAAAAUUUGAUAUCUAAUAAUGUCUAGCAUUUUUACAGGCUACAGACAUAAAUCAAAAUCAUCAGGUUUUUACAUUCAUCAUUCAUUGAUACUUUUCACCACAUGUGUUUAGAAUUAUUUGUUAAAAUUUAACAGAUUUUGAUAUUUGAUAUGUUGAAGAUUUUCAAGUAACUAAUGAUCAGCUAACUCAAAAUAUAUAUUAAUAAAUAUGUUGUUUUUCCACCACAAUGUUACAUGACUGAAUGAUUUACAUUCAAUUAACACAAUUACUAUUGUGUUUGUCUGUCAUUAUAUAUUUUUUGCGCAGUAACUUUUUAUUUUCUUUAAAUAUUUUCAUGUUACUGCAGAGUGUAAUUUCGUGACAAAGUCUUGUCUGACAAAGACAAUUUAUCAAGUAUCAAAUAUAUAAAGUAUUUCCAGUCUUUUCAGUACAGCUAUGCUUGGAAGAACCUCUCGUAUCCCAUAGCUCCCAUGAUGGUUUGCCAAUAUAAUCUUUGAUAUAUUUUUGAAGUCAUUUGGAAAAUUAAGGGUCAAUCCAAUACACAUAAUGACAUCCUAUAAAUUAUUUUCUGUUGAUUACAUACAAUUGCUGAUGUGCCCCAUUUUCCAAUAUUACAUUAAUUCAGUUUCAAAUGCAAGCAUACAUCUGUGUAAAAGGUCGAUGUCUCACUAGAACAUCAAUACUUAAUAGCUUCAUUCGAUGGCUUUUUGUGCCUCCCUUCGAAGAAGAGGGGGUAUAUUGUUUUGCACAUGUCGGUCUGUCGGUAAGGUCCGUCGUUCGGUCCGUCCACCGAAUGGUUUCCGGAUGAUAACUCAAGAACGCUUACGCCUAGGAUCAUGAAACUUCAUAAGUACAUUCAUCAUGACUCGCAGAUGACCCCUAUUGAUUUUCAGGUCACUAGGUCAAAGGUCAAGGUCACAGUGACUCGAAACAGUAAAAUGGUUUCCGGAUGAUAACUCAAGAACGCUUACGCCUAGGAUCAUGAAACUUCAUAGGUACAUUGAUCAUUACUUGCAGAUGACCCCUAUUGAUUUUCAGGUCACUAGGUCAAAGGUCAAGGUCACGGUGACUCUAAACAGAAAAAUGGUGUCCGGAUGAUAACACAAGAACGCUUGCGCCUAGGAUCAUAAAUCUUCAUAGGUACAUUGAUCAUGACUCGCAGAUGACCCCUAUUGAUUUUCAGGUCGCUAGGUCAAAGGUCAAGGUCACAGUGACUCAAACCAGUAUGAUGGUUUCCGGAUGAUAACUCAAGAACACUUACGCCUAGGAUCAUGAAACUUCAUAGGUACAUUGAUCAUGACUCGCAGAUGAUCCCUAUUGAUUUUCAGGUCACUAGGUCAAAGGUCAAGGUCACGUUGACUUGACACAGUAAAGUGGUUUCCGGAUGAUAACUCAAGAAAGCUUACGCCUAGGAUCAUGAAACUUCAUAGGUACAUAGAUCAUGACUUGCAGAUGACCCCUAUUGAUUUUCAGGUCACAAGGUCAAAGGUCAAGGUCAUUGUGUCUCGACACAGUAAAAUGUUUUCCGGAUGAUAACUCAAGAAGGCUUACGCCUAGGAUCAUGAAACUUCAUAGGUACAUUGAUCCUGACUCACAGAUGACCCCUAUUGAUUUUCAGGUCACUAGGUCAAAGGUCAAGGUCACAGUGACAAAAAACGUAUUCACACAAUGGCUGCCACUACAACUGACAGCCCAUAUGGGGGAUCAUGCAUGUUUUACAAACAGCCCUUGUUAGUGUUAUGAGUGUUUGUUUUUUGCCAUUUUAACUGUUACAGUAGUUGAUUGUGCCAGGCAAUACAGAAAGAGGUAAAGAGAAAAAUAGGGCAUUCAUAUACAUGUACAUUCUUCCAAUCAGACUUCAAAGGUUUAUUGCUCAAUAUCUGCAUACCUCAAAUUAUCUUUAUUGUGUGUCUAAAUUAGCCUCAUUAUUUGUGUUGUACUAGGUCUCAUUCAAUAGCCUCCAUUGUAAAUAAUCAAAACACUGCCUGCUUAAACAACUUAAAUGGCAUAGUCUGUAACAUUCUGUUGUUUUAAAUAUGAACAAAUUUUAAUGAUGCAAUAACUCUUUUGAUGCUUUUUAAUACGCCUUUAAAAAACAACGGGCAUAUUAAGGGAACAACUGUGGCGGUGGAUAAAAGAAUGUUGUCACCUAGCUGACCUUUAAGGUCAAUCUCUCUCAAAGUGGGAGAGUAAAAUAUGAUAAUUAUACUUCUUGUCAGCACUGUUUUAGCUCGACUAUUAUAUAUAAAAUAUAUAUAGUGGAGCUAUCCUACUCACCCCGGCGUCGGCGUUAGUGUGCAAAUGUUAAAGUUUUCGUACUACCCCAAUUAUUUUCUUUGUCCCUUGACAUAUUGCUUUCAUAUUUUGUAUACUUGUUUACCAACAAAACCCCAACCUAUAAACAAGAGCAGACAACUCUAUCAAGCAUUUUUUCAUAAUUAUGGCCCCUUUUCCACUAAGAAUAUGCAGCAAAUGUUAAAGUUUGCGUAUUACCCCGAAUAUUUUCAAUGUCCCUUGACAUAUUGAUUUCAUAUUUUGCAUACUUGUUUACCAGCAUGACCCCAACCUAUAAACAAGAGCAGACAACUGUAUCAAGCAUUUUGACAGAAUUAUUGCCCCUUUUAUACUUAGAAUAUGCAUAUUAUUGAUUAAUCAAUGUUAAAGUUUGCGUACUACCCCAAAUAUUUCCUAUAUCCUUUGACAUAUUGCUUUUAUAUUUUGCAUACUUGUUUACCAACAUGACCCCAACCUAUAAACAAGAGCAGACCACUGUAUCAAGCAUUUUGACAUAAUUAUGGCCCCUUUUAUACUUAGAUAAUUGAACAUUUUGCUUAAAUUGCCAUAACUUCUUUAUUUAUGAUCACAUUUUAUUAUUACGUUGACAAAACAACACUUACCUGAAUACCACAAUGGAUUCAACCAAAACAAUACCCCACGCCCCUACCCAGAAUCCAGA